AUGAAGCCAGGGGCUCUCUGGUGGCUCGUGGGGCUCCUUAUGCUGCGGGAUGGAGAGGCAUUUGACUACGGGGAGGAGAAGAUUGGGAAGGCCGGCUACUGCCCACCGUCCCCCAGGGGCCUGUUCCAGCCGCCCUGCACCGUGGAGUGCGAAGCGGACAGCGAGUGCGAGGGCCCCAAGAAGUGCUGCGAAUUUGCCUGCCGCCACAGCUGCACCCUGCCCAGCAGAGAUAAGCCCGGGAACUGCCCCUCCCCAUUGAUGAAGAAGCUGUAUGCACCUGAGCCGUGCGUGUACACCUGUGUGGGGGACCAGGAUUGCUCUGGGCCCCAGAAGUGCUGUGAGGCAGCCUGUGGACGAACCUGCAGGCUCCCACUUUCAGAGAAACCUGGGAAAUGCCCCAAGAAGCAGCCACAGAAGAAUGUUGGCCGUUCCACGGACACCUGUCUCCACGACCAGGAGUGCUCGGGUGCAGAGAAGUGCUGCUUCACCGGCUCCUCCAUGAACUGCCUCGACGUUCAGCCAGAGCAUAGAGAAGGGUCAGAAGGCAGCCGCCCAGGCAAGGAAGCUGCCCGCGUCUGGGUGUGGACAUCGGCAGGACGAGGGGCGGCUCAGCAGCCGAGGAUUGGCCUGUCUCCUCAUGGCUGCGGAGACAAAUGA